AUGGCACCUGUGGCCAUUCCUUUCCAACAGGCACCUGGCAAACGUAUUGUAGAGGCACCAUGUGCACCCAUGACUGUUAAUGUAGCACCACCUCGAGAAGACGCAGAAGCUGCACCAUUACCUGGCCCAGAAGUAAUAACUACACAGCCUUCAGCCGAUACAGAGGCACCACCCCAGGAAGACACUGAUUCAACCACAACUUCAAAUGUGGAGCCAGCAGGGACACCAGCACGUUCACUGUUUAAGGUUGUGACGAGAAAGCAAGCUGCAAGCAGCACAGCUGAGACCAAUAAUGUGGCAUCUAGUUCUUAUGCUAUGUCACCGUCACCACCAUUUAGUUUGGUCCCACAACCAUCACAGUCAGCAUUUGCAGAACACAGCAUUGAUGACUCAAGAUUCAACUUGGAUGCCAAUGAACAUGAGGAGCUAAAAAGGUUCCUGGAUUCCUUCAUUUUGUCAGAACAUAAAGAUGGUCCAAAAGAAGAUGAAAUUGCCAGACAGUUAUCUAGGCAGAUUUCUGAGGAGAAAGAAAAGGAAAUAAAAAUUAUUGCCAGUCGUUUAGGCAGGACCUUUUUAAACAAUACUUCUUCAGAAGAAGAUUCUGGAGAAGGAAUCACUGCUGUGAAGAUAAAGGGAGGAGAAACGGUUUCUGAAACAGACAUAAAAUUUGGAUCAUUAGUUGAACCAAUGGAUCCUGUACCAACUGCAUUGGCAGAUUUAGUCUCCGUUGCUCCAAAAGAAACAUUUAAAGUUGAAACCGCUGCAGAGGGAACUACAAAUGAAGAAGAAUUUUUAGAUCUGCAGAAACAGCCUAAAAGUAAGAUACGUAUAUUUAGUGAUAGACAGCAGUUUGAACAUUACAUUAAAAGUCACAUUGACCCCGAUGCUUUCAGCUGGCGAAUAAUCGAAGGAGUGGCUGAGUUUGUUGUAUUAAGUUUGCAUGUUCUUUUUGGAACUAAUAGAAUUAUAGAAAUUCAGAAUGAAGGAGGGGAUGUCGAGAAUUUAAAACAUCUUGAUGUUUGCCACCAGCUUUACCAGAAUUUCCUUGGGGAAUGUAAAUGUGGAGUUGACCUCUCGUACAAUGGGGAAAAGGUUGGAGAAACUAAACGUGCACUUUAUAAACGGGGAACAAGGGGAUUGUUCAGCGGCUGUAAUGGAUAGAAGUGGGAUUGAGAUAGCCCUUGUCAAAAUGGACCAUGAAGAGAAAGUAAACAUUGACUUUGUUGACUCGAUAUCUGAUCAGUGGAACAAACUUGGCAUGGGAAAUCAGCUAGUAUUUAAAGGAAGCUGUCAGAAUUACCAUGACAUACCGCUUGGCACUGAAGUGUAUAAAAUGGGUCCCAAGACAGGUCUUACAAAAGGAGUAAUAACCAAGAAAAAUGAACCAUACAUGUUUUUGAAUGAGGUUUUGCUUCUGUUCAAUCAGGUUAAGGUUCAAUGGGAAAAUGUUCCAUUUUCAGAACCGGGGGAUUCAGGAUCUAUGGUAUUCUCUGUAGAAAAAGGGGAGAUGAUAUCAGCUGGAAUUGUAACAGGUAGUAAAAGAGAAAAGAAAUUAAGUAUUGUAACACCAAUAAGCGAGAUAAUGGAAUACAUCAGUAAAAAGAACAGAGGAAAAUACUAUAGGCUAAAACAGUUUAUGCUGAAAAUGGAUGGAAGAAAUUUAAGAAAAAUAAUUACUGACAAAAUAAUGAAAAGAAUGCUACCCAGGUAAUAGCUGGGUCUGUGUUUCUGAAGAAAUAUUGUGUUUCUGGAUAAAAGGCUUUGUUUUAUGCAAAAUGACUCCAUUAGUUUUUGUCAAGAUGUACCAGUAUUUUCUAACAUAGGGAAACUUCGAUAUACACAAAAGGAGAAGAGUGUAGAGAAGUUUUUUAUCCUGAUACACAUUUUCACCUUGUAAAACUUGAAAUUAAUAUGGUUGUUGAAGAAUACUUAUAUUUUUGACAGUUUUUAAAUGAUAACUCCGAUCUUGAAAUCCUGUUUAAAAUGUUGGCAGUAUCAGACAAGUAAAAUUGUGCCGACAUUGAGCUUCUUGGAAAAAAAAAGAUUAACAUUCUUCUGUGAAGUGGACACUAUCAUACAACUUAAGAGAUUGUUAAUGAUGAUCAUUGCCAUUAUCUGUAUGUGUAGCAUGUGAUAUGCAUUUAAAAGGUAGGACAAACAAAUUAUAGCAGUAGCAACUUCAGAUACACUUUCUGUGUAAUAUAAAUAGAAAAUGAUCAUUUUUGUUACAGUUUUUAGCUCGACUAUUCGAAGAAUAGUCUAGCUAUUCUACUCACCCUGGCGUCGGCAUCGGCGUCACACCUUGGUUAAGUUUUUGCAUGCAAGUACAUUCAGCCAUCAAUUAAAGGCAUAUAGCUUUGAAACUUAUUUUUUCUUUUUCUAGGUCAAUUACCAACCUCUCUGGGUCAAGUCCCAUAACUCUGACAUGUAUUUUGAGCAAAUUAUGCCCCCUUUUGGACUUAGAAAAUUUUGGUUAAAGUUUUACAUGCAAGUUACUAUCUCCAAAACUAAUGCAGAUAUUGAUUUGAAACUUCACAUGUGUCUUCGGGGUUAUAAAACUAGUUGAUAGCAGCAAGUCCCAUAACUCUGACUUUCAUUUUGGCCAAAUUAUACCCCCUUUUGGACUUAGAAAACUCUGGUUAAAGUUUUGCGUGCAAGUACAUACAGCUAUUUCUAAAAGGCAUAUAGAUUUGAAACUUACUUUUUCUUUUUCUAGAUCAAUUACCAACCUCACUGGGUCAAGACCCAUAACUCUGACAUGUUUUUUGAGCAAAUUAUGCCCCCUUUUAGACUUAGAAAAUUUUAGUUAAAGUUUUACAUGCAAGUUAUUAUUUCCAAAACUAAUGCAGAUAUUGAUUUGAAACUUCACAUGUGUCUUCGGGGUUAUAAAACUAGUUGAUAGCAGCAAGUCCCAUAACUCUGACCAUCAUUUUGGCCAAAUUAUGCCCCCUUUUGGACUUAGCAAAUUCUGGUUAAAGUUUUGCGUUCAAGUACAUACAGCUAUUUCUAAAAGGCAUAUAGAUUUGAAACUUAUUUUUUCUUUUUUUAGAUCAAUUACUAACCUCACUGGAUCAAGUCCCAUAACUCUGGCAUGUAUUUUGGGCAAAUUAUCCCCCUUUUGGACUUCGAAAACUCUGGUUAAAGUUUUACAUGCAAGUUUCUAUCUCCAAAACUAAUGCAGAUAUUGAAUUAAAACUUCACAUGUGCCUUCGGGGUUAUAAAACUAGUUGAUAGCAGCAAGUCCCAUAACUGAUAUGCAUUUUGGUCGAAUUAUUCCCCCUUUUGAACUUAAAACUCUUUUGAUAUUUAACCUUUUUGGGUAAUAUUUUCCUGCUUCUGGGACAAUAUUUCGAAUAGUCGAGCUUGGCUGUCUUACGGACAGCUCUUGUUAUACAAUAAUAUAAUAAAAGAAAGAGUAUGUUUCUAAUUUUUUAGCUCACCUGAGCAAAGGCUCAGGGUGAGCUAUUGUGAUCACUCCCUGUCCGGCGUCCGUUGUCCGUCCGUAAACUUUUACUUAAAACGACAUCUCCUUAUAAACCGCUAGGCCAAUUUCAUCCAAACUUCACAGGAAUGUUCCUUGGGUGAAGCUCUACAAAAAGUAUUCAAAGAAUUGAAUUCCAUGCAGAACUCUGGUUGCAAUGGCAAUUAACUGAAAGGAAAAACUUUAAAAAUCUUCUUCUCAAAAACCAGAAGCCCUAGAGCUUAGAUAUUUGGCCCGAGGGGUCAUAUGAUUUUACAUAGGAAAAUCUUAAAAAAAAUUCUUGUCAAAAACCAGAGGCCCCAGAGCUUAGAUAUUUGACAUGUAGCAUUGCCUAGUGGACCUCUACUAAAGUUGUUCAAAUCAUGACCCCGCCCCAGAGGUCACUUGAUUUUACAUAGGAAAAUCUUCAAAAAUUUUCUAAAAAUAAACAAGAAGGCCUAGAGUUUAGAUAUUUAACUUGUAGCAUUGCCUAGUGGACCUCUACAAAAUUUGUUCAAAUCAUGACCCCCAGGGUCAAAAUUGACCCUGCCCCAAGGGUCACUUGAUUUUACACUGGAAAAUCUUCAAAAAAAUUCUAAAAAUAAACCAGAAGGCCUAGAUCUUAGAUAUUUGACAUGUAGCAUUGCCUAGUAGACUUCUACAAAAUAUGUUCAAAUCAUGACCCCUGGGGUCAAAUUGACCCCACCCCAUGGGGUUACUUGAUUGUACAUAGAAAAAAUCUUCAAAAAUUUUCUAAAAAUAAACCAGAAGGCCUAGAUCUUAGAUAUUUGAUAUGUAACAUUGCCUAGUAGACUUCUACAAAAAAAUUUCAAAUCAUGACCCCAGGGGUAAAAUUGACUCCGCCCCAGCAGUAACUUAAUUGUACAUCGGAAAAUCUUCAAAAAAAUUCUUAAAAUAAACCAGAAGACUUGGAGCUUAGAUAUUUGACAUGUAGCAUUGCCUAGAGGACCUCUACAAAAUUUAUUCAAAUCAUGACCCCCGGCUUCAUAUUGGCCCCGCCCCAGGGGUUACUUGAUUGUACAUAGGAAAAUCUUCCAAAAAAUGUCUAGAAAUAAACCAGAAGGCCUAGAGCUUAGAUAUUUGGUGUGUAGCAUUGCCUAGUGGAUCUCUACCAAGUUUGUUCAAACAUGACCCCGGGGUCAAGCUUAAAUGCAAAUCUUCAUAGCAACCAUUUAACCAGGUGAGCGAUAUAGGGCCAUCAUGGUCCUCUUGUUUAAGUAAAUGAUUUCUUGUACAGUCAAUAUGUAUAUACGUCUGUGACACAGGAUAUAUGUUAUUAAUUUUUCUAGUAAACACUGUUUUCUUGUACAGUCAAUAUGUAUGUAUGCCUGUGACUUGAGAUGUAGUAUUAGAUUAUGGGCAGCAGGUGCUUGAAAUUUCAGGUUAAAGUUAUGAUAAUUAUUCUCCCUUUUUACUUAGAAUUUCAGGUUAAAGUUAUGAUAAUUAUUCUCCCUUUUUACUUAGAAUUUCAGGUUAAAGUUAUGAUAAUUAUUCUCCCUUUUUACUUAGAAUUUCAUGUUAAAGUUAUGAUAAUUAUUCUCCCUUUUUACUUAGAAUUUCAUGUUAAAGCUAUGAUAAUUAUUCUACCUUUGUAUUUAGAAUUUCAGGUUAAAGCUAUGAUGCUCUUUUCUCUUUCUCAAUUAUAAAUAAAUUGAUUUUAUUCGAUUUCAAAGUAGUUGUUCCACUUAAUUAGCAUCAUGAUAAUAACACAUGGUGCAUUACUCUUGAAGAAAUAUUCCAUGAAUUAUGUCCCUUUUAUACUGGUACUUAAUUAAUGUUUGGUACACUUUCAGCCUAUCUCUUUUUUUUACUGAAUACAUUUGACUUGGACUUGAACAUUGUCCAGUAUAGUCAUAAGCAUUGGAGUCAUUAAACAUUCCAUUGAUAGCUCCAUCUUACUCAGAUGUGCCCUCAGCACCAAAGAAGCCGAGCAUGCUGUCUCCUAUGACAGCUCUUGCUACUGUUUAUAAGAGAUCUGAUAUUAACAUUCUAUUCAGUAAGGGCUUAGUUAAGUUGUGUAAUGCUUUUGUCUUACCAGUGAUUCUAUUUUUAGAAUAUUUCAAGUAAUCAAACUUUCCUGUUGUAGUUGAUUUUUCAUUGGAUCUUUAUGAAAAUUGAUCAGAAUGUUCAUCUUGAUGAUAUCUAGGUCAUGUUCCAAACUGGGUCACGUGCAAUCCAAAACUAGGUCAGUAGGUAUGAAAAUAGAAAAACCUUGUGACCUCUCUUAGAGGCCAUAUUUUUUUAAUGGAUCUUCAUGAAAGUUAGAAUGUUCAACUUGAUGAUAUCUAGGUCAGAUUUGAAACUGGGUCAUGUGCUGUCAAAAGCUAGGUCAGUAGGUCAAAUAAUAAAAAAACCUUUUGACCUCUAUUGAGGCUAUAUUUUUCAUGGGAUCUGUAUGAAAAUUGGUCAGAAUGUUCAUCUUGAUGAUAUCUAGGUCAAGUUCGUAACUGGGUCACGUGCUGUCCAAAACUAGGUCGGUAGGUCUAAAAAUCGAAAAACCUUGUGACCUCUGUAGAGGCCAUACUUUUCAAUGGAUCUUCAUGAAAGUUAGCCAGAAUGUUCACCUUGAUGAUAUCUAGGUCAAGUUUGAAACUGGGUCACGUGCCUUAAAAAACUAGGUCAGUAGGUCAAAUAAUAAAAGAAACCUUGUGACCUCUCUAGAGGUCAUAUUUUUCAUGGGAUCUGUAUGAAAGCUGGUCUGAAUGUUCAUCUUGAUGAUAUCUAGGUCAAGUUCCAAACUGGGUCAACUGCAAUCCAAAACUAGGUCAGUAGGUCUAAAAAUAGAAAAAAAAAACCUUGUGACCUCUCUAGAGGCCAUACUUUUGAAUGGAUCUUCAUGAAAAUUGGUCAGAAUGUUCAGCUUGUUGAUAUGUAGGUCAAGUUCGAAACUGGGUCACGUGCGGUCAAAAACUAGGUCAGUAGGUCUAAAAAUAGAAAAACCUUGUGACCUCUCUAGAGGCCAUAUAUUUCACAAGAUCUUCAUGAAAAUUGGUCAGAAUGUUCACCUUGAUGAUAUCUAGGUCAAGUUCGAAACUGGGUCAAGUGCCUUCAAAAACUAGGUCAGUAGGUCAAAUAAUAGAAAAACCUUGUGACCUCUCUUAAGGCCAUAUUUUUCAUGGGAUCUGUAUGAAAGUUGGUCUGAAUGUUCAUCUUGAUGAUAUCUAGGUCAAGUUCGAAACUGGGUCAUGUGCCAUCAAAAACUAGGUCAGUAGGUAUAAAAAUAGAAAAACCUUGUGACCUCUCUAGAGGGCAUACUUGUGAAUGGAUCUUCAUAAAAAUUGGUCAGAUUGUUCACCUUGAUGAUAUCUAGGUCAAGUUCGAAAGUGGGUCACGUAUCCUCAAAAAGUAGGUCAGUAGGUCAAAUAAUGAAAAAACCAUGUGACCUCUCUAGAGGCCAUAUUUUAAAGAGAGCUUCAUGAAAUUUGGUCAGAAUGUUCAUCUUGCUGAUAUCUAGUUAAAUUUCGAAACUGGGUCAUGUGCGGUCCAAAACUAGGUCAGUAGGUCUAAAAAUAGAAAAACCUUGUGACCUCUCUAGAGGCCAUAUUUUUCAUGGAAUCUGCAUGAAAAUUGGUCAGAAUGUUCAACUGGAUGAUAUCUAGAUUAAAUUUGAAACUGGAUCACGUGCGGUCCAAAACUAGGUCAUUAGGUCAAAUAAUAGAAAAACUUUGUGACCUCUUUAGAGGUCAUAUUUUUCAAGGGAUCUGCAUGAAAAUUGCUUAGAAUGUUCAUCUUGAUGAUAUCUAGGUCAAAUUCAAAACUGGGUCACGUGCGGUCAAAAACUAGGUCACUAGGUCAAAUAAUAGAAAAACCUUGUGACCUCUGUAGAGGCCAUAUUUUUCAUGCGAUCUGCAUGAAAAUUGGUCAGAAUGUUCACCUUGAUGAUAUCUAGGUCAAGUUCAAAACUGGGUCACGUGCGGUCAAAAACUAGGUCAGAAGGUCAAAUAAUAGAAAAACCUUGUGACCACUCUAGAGGCCAUAUUUUUCAUGGGAUCUGUAUGAAAGUUGGUCUGAAUAUUCAAAUUGAUGAUAUCUAGGUCAAGUUUGAAACCGGGUCAACUGUGGUGAAAAACUAGGUCACUAGGUCUAAACAUAGAAAACCCUUUGGACCUCUCUAGAGGCCAUAUUUUUCAAUGGAUCUUCAUGAAAAUUGGUCAGAAUGUUCACCUUGAUGAUAUCUAGGUCAAGUUCAAAACUGGGUCACGUGCGGUCAAAAACUAGGUCAAUAGGUCUAAAAAUAGAAAGACCUUGUAACCUCUCUGGAGGCCAUAUUUUUCAUGAGAUCUUCAUGAAAAUUGGUGAGAAUGUUCACCUUGAUGAUAUCUAGGUCAAGUACAAAACUGGGUCACAUGCCUUCAAAAACUAGGUCAUUAUGUCAAAUAAUAGAAAUACCUUGUGACCUCUCUAGAGGCCAUAUUUUUCAGUGGAUCUUCAUGAAAAUUGGUCAGAAUAAACGACGUCAUACUCAGUUCAUGUGGGGACAGGUGAGCGAUUCAGGACCAUCAUGGUCCUCUUGUUUUUUAUAAGCCAGAAGUUACAUAUUCUACCGAAUAAAAUGAAAAUCUGUUUGUUUUUCAAUAAAAACUUGUGAAUAUUUAAUAUUAUUAUAUAUAUUUAUAAUAAAGUUUCAAUUA